AUGCAGGUCAAAUUGGAGUUAAAGCAGCAGUGUAAUCCAGUGUUUUGCCCUAAGCGGCCGGUAGCAUACGUCAUGUACGACUUGGUGGACCAAGAACUCGACCGGUUAGAGCAGUUGAAAAUUAUCACUCCAGUUGACUUUUCGGAGUGGGCGGCGCCAAUCGUGGUUGUCCGCAAAGCAAAUGGUGCCAUCAGAAUCUGCGGAGAUUAUUCAACAGGUCUCAACUCCGCUUUGCAGCCGCUUCCACUUCCGGAAGACAUUUUUGCCAAGCUGGCCAACUGUAAAGUGUUCAGUCAAAUUGAUCUUUCGGAUGCUUUUCUACAAGUAGAGGUCGAUGAACAGUCCCUCCAUGUUCUUACAAUUAAUACCCAUCGAGGGCUGUAUCAUUACAAUCGUCUCACUCCGGGUGUGAAAAUAGCACCUGGUGCCUUCCAGCAGCUCAUCGACACGAUGUUGGCCGGUCUUAAAGGAACUUGCGGCUACUUAGACGACGUCGUGGUCGGUGGCGAAACCGAAAAAGAACAUGAUUGCAACCUCAAGGCAGUGCUGCAGCGCAUCCAAGAAUUUGGAUUCACCAUCCGAGCUGAAAAAUGCUAUUUCGGCAAGGACCAGAUUCCCUAUUUGGGUCACAUCAUCGACAGCCGUGGACUGCGGCCUGAUCCAGGAAAAAUCGAGGCAAUUAUUAAACUACUGCCUCCCACAGAUGUUUCUGUCGUUCGUUCCUUUCUCGGAGCGAUAAAUUUUUAUGGCAAGUUUGUGCCCAACAUGCGAACACUGCGGUACCCACUAGACAAACUACUGAAGGCAGAUUCCAAGUUCGAAUGGACCCCCGAGUGCCAGCAGGCAUUUGAGCGGUUCAAACAACUACUCUCUUCGGAUCUUCUGCUCACACACUAUGAUCCGCUUGAAAUAAUCGUAUCGGCCGAUGCUUCUUCUAUCGGAUUGGGGGCCGUUAUUUUUUAUCGGUUUUCCGACGGUACCAUCAAGGUAGUCCAACACGCUUCGAGAGCACUCACCAAGGCCGAGCAGAAUUACAGCCAACCAGAUCGUGAGGGUCUGGCAAUUAUCUUCGCGGUAACUAAAUUCCACAAAAUGCUGUUUGGUCGGCGUUUUCGACUGCAGACCGACCACGCUUCACUGCUGCGUAUCUUUGGUUCCAAGAAAGGCAUACCGGUAUACACAGCCAACCGGCUUCAGCGGUUUGCUUUAACGUUGCUGCUCUACGAUUUUGGAAUCGAGUACGUGCCGACUGAGAAGUUCGGCAAUGCAGAUGUAUUGUUCCGUCUGAUUAACCAACACAUCAGGCCCGAAGAGGAUUACGUCAUAGCGAGUAUCUCUCUUGAAGCGGAUAUAAGGCCAGUAGCAACUGGUACAACUGAUGUUCUGCCCCUAAGUUUCAGAGCUGUCGAGCAGGGCACCCAAGUUGAUCCACUUCUUCACCAAAUCUAUCGGUACGUUAAGGAUGGUUGGCCUCAAAUGAAAACCGUCAAACCGGAGAUAAAGCGAUUCCACGCUAGGCGAGAUUCACUCUGCAUAGUGGAAGGGUGUCUUCUGUUUGCGGACAGGCUCGUUAUUCCAUCGCAGUACCAUAAACGGUGUCUGGAUCAAUUUCAUCAUGGCCAUCCCGGUAUCCAGCGGAUGAAGGCCAUCGCCCGAAGCUACGUAUACUGGCCGUCCCUUGAUGACAUCGUGAGCUACACCAAGGCUUGCCAGCACUGUGCCUCAGUAGCAAAGUCACCCCCGCACUCUCCUCCUGUGCCGUGGCCAAAAUCAUCUGGUCCAUGGCAGCGAGUACAUAUCGAUUUUGCGGGUCCAAUCGAAGGCGAUCACUUUCUCAUCGUGGUGGAUUCCUUCUCAAAAUGGCCCGAGGUUGUUCAAAUGCGCACUAUCUCCGCCCUCGCCAGGAUCGCUAUCCUGAGUGGUCUAUUUGCUCGGCUGGGAAAGCCUACUCUCGUGGUGAGCGACAACGGGACGCAGUUCACAAGUGCGGAGUUUGCAGAAUUUUGUUCAAUGAACUCGAGGACUCGAAGAGCGCCUCAGUGGUUCGAUCCAUACCACCUCUAUUAA